AUGGACGCUGUCGACUUCGAUAUCCUCAGAGCCCUCUCUCAGGACCUCUCCGCCGAUGGGUGGCCUGUCCCGGGCCCUGCGCGGGGCGGUGAAAGCAGCACAGCGCCAGCUCAGCCUGUUCCUGUCGAUCCGUUCCACUCUGAGCCGGGCAAGCAAACGGCUGACACGGCAAGCAAGAGCGGACGAAGGGCCGCAAGGACCACGGGCGGCGAAUACAAUCGAUUCCUAGCCGGCCUGGCAGAACCUCAAUUCAUAAAAGAGCUCAAUCUGCUGCCACCACUCAACACCAACAGGAGGGCGAUCAAUUACAAGAGCGACGAUGCUGUUCGAGACCGCAUCGUCUCGCACCUCUUUGCGAACAAGCUGCAUUGGGUCGAAGCCAAAACUUUGCGCCUCGAUGAGAAGGACUACUACCGCAGAUCGCCGUAUCAAAGGCAGACCCGCCUUCUUCCCCUCGUCCGAGGCUCUGUCGGCAGUGGUGGAGAGCAUCCGAUCUACAUGACAGCCAACAACCCCCAAGGCAAGAAAUUCAGGAAUAUGGAAGGGAGUCCGUUGAACGGAAGGCCGUACUACAGCUUUUGGGGUGUCCCAGAUGCGUUCGAGGCGAAGCAGUUACCGAUCACUUACUACGGCUCGGGUUAUCUGGACGAAGCAGAUCACGUCGCAGUGGAUCAGCAUGUGCGACCGUUGUUGGAAGGGCUCAAGCAUGCAGGUCAGGUUCAUGUGUAG